UUUUUCUCCGACCCCCCCACCCCCCUCCUCACCAUCUUCUCCCGGCUCUGGUCCCUCACUGGGUGCGGAUCGGGAGCCUCCUGCCCGGCCCGGAACUCCAGGCAGAUCAACAGCUCCGGUCCUCCUGACACCAGCUUCUGCAGCUCGGCCACUGCAGAGAGAACCAGAGCCUCCAUCACCGCAGAGAGCUGCGUGUACAGGCCGGGGAAGAGGCUCAUUCUGCCGGGGAGACAGAGCCACUGCUGCCGCUGGACCUCCGGAGCUAGCGGAGGAGCUAAAACAGGAGCUAAAACAGGAGCUAACAGAGGCGCUAACGGAGGCGCUAACGGAGGCUAACUGAGCUCUUUGUUGUUAUUAUAUUACAUUUAUAAAAGUUGCUUUUUAUAUUAUAAUGUAAUAAAGAGAAACUUAAAAUAAAUCUGACUUUAGAGCAGAAACAGUGAGCAGGAAGUGAUUCUGAGGUCACUUCAGGGUUCAUCCUCUGCCUCCGGCCCUUACCUCCCCCUGCUGCUCGGGAGGGGACCAGACAGGACGAGCUGCUGUCUGUACAAACAAACAAACCAAUCAGAAUCCCUUUAUGGGUCCCACAGAGGGAACAUUUAAAUGUGCUACAGCAGCAGCAGAGCCAGAGACAGCUUUACAAAAGAAAAUAUGCAAUACAAAUAUAAAGAAAACACACACUUUAUAAAACACACAUCCUGAAGGAGAUAUGGAGCCAGGGGCCAUGCUGGUUAAAGAGUCUGACCGCCUCAGGAAGGAAGGACCUCCGUGAGACACCGCGGGUGCAGCAGCCUGUCGCUGAAGGAGCUGCACAGUGCGGACAGGGUGUCCUGGAGGGUGGGGGGACACAUUGUCCAGCAGGGAGGACAGCUUGGCUGCCAUUCUCCUGUCUCCCACCACCUCCACAGUGUCCAGAGGACUCCCCAGGACAGAUCUGGCCUUCCUUAUCAGUCUGUUCAGUCUCUUCCUGUCAGCAGCCGAGAUGCUGCAGCCCCAGCCGAACACACCAUAGAAAGAUGGCUGAUGCCCCCACAGAGUCAAAGAAGGUCUGAAGGAGUGCCCCAUGAUUGUGUGGUUGUGCUCUUUCUGUGUGUCUCGUAUCUAUUUAUCUUAUUUGCACCAUGUAUGUGGAGUUGUUGGAGGAGCACGCAACAUAAGAUUUUCAUUGCCAACAUAUACGUUGUAUCUGCUGUGCAUAUGACCAAUAAAACCUUGAAACCUAAUAUCUUUAGAUCUCAUAUCUGCAGCAGUGACGGAAUGUGUUUGUGUCUGGGCUUGCAGAGGGUUUCCUCAUGGACUGCUUGAGGAACCGGAAGUGUCCGCAUAAGGAGUUGCUGUCAGAGGGGGGCGGGGCCUCCGGGUCUAUAUAAGCCCUGUGGUGCAGCGGCUCACAGAAUAACUCUCACACAUGUGAUGGAGAUGAUGAUACUGCAGCCUCUCUGGGACUUCCUGCUGGGUCACGCGUCCCUCCUGCAGUCCCCCCUGUUCCCUGUGUUCUUCUCACUUGGGGCUUACCUCACCUGCUGCCUGCCCUACCUGCUUUUGGACCUGCUGUCCCUCAGGUGGGCCUCUGUGCGCAGGUACAAGCUGCAGUCUAAGAGCACCGUCAGCUGGGCCUCAGUGUGGAGCUGCCUAUCUCUGACGCUCUACAACCACCUGGUGUUCCUGCUGCCGGUCACCGUGUUGCACUGGCACCUGAGCACCGGCCAGCUGCCGGCUCAGGCCCCGGCCCUGCCCCGCCUCCUGGCCCAGGUGUUCGUCUGCCUGCUGCUGUUUGAUUUCCAGAGCUUCACUUGGCACCUGCUGCACCACAGGGUGCCAUGGCUGUACUGCACCUUCCACAAGGUGCACCACACCUACACCUCCACCUCGGCCCUCACCACAGAGGCCUCGGGGGCCAUGGAGACCCUGAGCUUGGGCUUCUUCUCCGGCUGCACCCCCGUGCUGCUGGGCCUGCACCCCCUCAGCCAGCUGAGCUUCUUCCUGCUGAACAUCUGGCUGUCUGUGGAGGACCACUGCGGGUAUGACCUGCCGUGGGCCACGCACCGCGUUGUACCCCUCCAGCUGUACGGGGGGGCCCGGCACCACGACCUGCACCACCUCAAGUCCAACUGCAACUACGCCCCCUACUUCACCCACUGGGACCGGCUGAUCGGGACCCUGGAGACCCGGGACUGAGCACUGGAGGGAGGUCAAGAGACAAAGAUGAGGAGAUGGACAUGAAGCUAUGUGGACAAAGAGAUGGAGAGGUAAAGAGACAAAGAUGAGGAGAUGGACAUGAAGCUAUGUGGACAAAGAGAUGGAGAGGUAAAGAGACAAACAUGAGGAGAUGGACAUGAAGCUAUGUGGACAAAGAGAUGGAGAGGUAAAGAGACAAACAUGAGGAGAUGGACAUGAAGCUAUGUGGACAAAGAGAUGGAGAGGUAAAGAGACAAACAUGAGGAGAUGGACAUGAAGCUAUGUGGACAAAGAGAUGGAGAGGUAAAGAGACAAACAUGAGGAGAUGGACAUGAAGCUAUGUGGACAAAGAGAUGGAGAGGUCAAGAGACAAACAUGAGGAGAUGGACAUGAAGCUAUGUGGACAAAGAGAUGGAGAGGUCAAGAGACAAACAUGAGGAGAUGGAGGUCAAAAAACAGACUUCAAGGGAUGGAGACAAAGAUGGAAAUUGAUGGACUGAAAGAGAUGGAGAUAAAGCAAUUUCACAAAUUCAUUGUAACUGAACUAUAUUUGUGUUAAACUAAACAAGGUUUUUAUAUGUUGUCCAGUUUUCUGAAAAUAAGUUUGUGGUAUGCAUUUUGGUAAACAAGCUCAGAUUUACAGAUUCCACUUCACAUCAUCUUUUACAUUAAAAGAAUAUUAAUAGCUGUGUUUAUGGCUGAUCAUAUAAAGAUGUAUUUAUUUAUUAACUUCCACCGUCAUGUUGUUGGUGGAGUGUUUAAUGAGUGAAAUCUAGAGGAAGGAAACCACGAUAAGACGUCUUAAAUGUGUAACGUUCAUAUUGAACUCCGCUCUCAGAGUCCCUGAUGGCAGCUACAGACGCUCUGUUUCAGAGGAACGAGUAUUUAGUCUGUGUUGGUGCUUCCUGUUCCUCAGACAGUAUUUGACAUGAUUGUGACUGAAAGUGGAAACAAUAUUUAUGAAGAACAUAUUUUUGCACUUUGAUUAAAACGAACUGAAAAUAAA